UCUUAAGUGGGCAAUGCUUAGUUCAAGAAAUCGUGAACUACGUAUCACAACCGAGUAUAAAGAAACUCAAAGCAUUCGAGCUCAAGCUGUGGCAACAAAUUAAGCAACACAAAAACUCACAUUCCAAUAAAAAAUACUUCACAAGUGGAAACUUCUCACCGAAUUUGUUACAACAGCCAAGAGUGGAAGCAGCAAGUAGCAAAUACAAAAUGCAUUCGAGGCUAAAAUUCUUGGCAUAUUUACAUUUAAUAUGCGCUAGCAGCAUUUGCUGGCUGGAAUUUAGCGCAGCACAGCAGCAGCAACAACAACUACAGCAACAGCAGCAGCAACAACAAUCGGCAUCGUUAACCGAGAAAAUACCAUUAGGCGCCAUCUUCGAGCAGGGCACAGACGAUGUGCAGUCAGCCUUUAAAUAUGCAAUGCUCAAUCACAAUCUAAAUGUCAGCUCGCGACGCUUUGAGCUGCAGGCGUACGUUGAUGUCAUCAAUACGGCGGAUGCCUUCAAAUUAUCACGCUUGAUCUGCAAUCAAUUCUCGCGCGGAGUCUACUCAAUGCUGGGCGCCGUAUCGCCGGACUCGUUUGACACAUUGCACUCCUAUUCGAAUACAUUCCAGAUGCCAUUUGUGACGCCCUGGUUCCCGGAAAAGGUGCUUACCCCAUCAUCGGGUCUGCUGGAUUUUGCUAUCAGCAUGCGUCCGGAUUAUCAUCAGGCAAUUAUUGAUACCAUACAAUUCUACGGCUGGCAAAACAUUAUUUAUCUAUACGAUUCGCAUGACGGCUUACUGCGCCUGCAGCAAAUCUAUCAAGAACUGAAGCCCGGAAAUGAAACAUUUCGUGUGCAAAUGGUCAAACGCAUCGCCAACGUAACGAUGGCCAUUGAAUUUUUGCACACGCUCGAGGAUUUGGGUCGCUUCAGCAAAAAGCGCAUUGUGCUCGACUGCCCAGCGGAAAUGGCCAAAGAGAUCAUCAUACAGCAUGUGCGGGACAUAAAGCUCGGACGCCGCACUUAUCAUUACCUGCUGAGCGGCCUGGUCAUGGACAACCAUUGGCCCAGCGAUGUGGUCGAGUUUGGAGCCAUCAACAUCACCGGCUUUCGCAUUGUGGACACUAAUCGGCGCGCAUUGCGUGAUUUUCACGACAGCCGGAAGCGUUUGGAGACAGUCAGUGGCGGCAGCGCCAGUGGCGGCGGAACAGGCUCCACAGCUUUGCCGGCUAUUUCGGCACAGGCAGCUCUCAUGUACGAUGCGGUCUUUGUGCUGGUCGAGGCCUUUAAUCGCAUACUGCGCAAGAAGCCGGAUCAGUUUCGUGCCAAUCACUUGCAGCGUCGCAGUCAUGCGGGCAGCGGUGGCAACUCGAAUGCGCUGAAUGAGUCGACGGCAUUGUUGGACUGCAACACGAACAAGGGCUGGGUGACACCCUGGGAGCAAGGUGAAAAAAUUUCACGCGUGCUGCGCAAGGUGGAAAUCGAGGGAUUAACCGGAGACGUGCGCUUCGACGAUGAUGGACGACGCAUCAAUUACACGUUGCAGGUGGUCGAGAUGACUGUGAAUAGCAGUUUGCAACAAGUGGCAAUGUGGCGCGACGAUGCAGGUCUGUUGCCGCUGCAUGGACACCAUACCGGCGCCGCCUCGCGCUCCUCGUCGGCCAGCUUUGGGGAUUACGCACACAAUCACACGUACGUCGUAACCAGCGUGCUGGAGGAGCCCUAUCUGAUGCACAAGUCCGGCUAUGGCCAGCAGCUGGUGGGCAACGAACGCUAUGAAGGCUACUGCAAGGAUCUGGCAGAGCUGCUUGCCAGCCGAUUGGGCAUUAAAUUUGAGCUGCGUCUAGUGCAGGACGGCAGCUAUGGCAACGAGAAUCAUUUUGCGCCCGGUGGCUGGGACGGCAUGGUGGGUGAACUGGUGCGCAAGGAAGCGGACAUUGCAAUUGCAGCGAUGACCAUUACGGCGGAACGGGAGCGUGUCAUUGACUUUACCAAGCCCUUCAUGUCGCUGGGCAUAUCGAUUAUGAUCAAGACGCCCGUCAAGCAGACCCCCGGCGUCUUUAGUUUUCUCAAUCCGCUUUCGCAGGAAAUUUGGCUGAGCGUCCUCCUGAGCUACGUGUGCGUGAGCCUUGUGCUCUACUUUGUCACGCGCUAUCCGCCGCACGAGUGGCGCAUUGUGCGUCGUCCAGAUGCAGAUCCCCAGACUGCUCAGCAGCCACCUGGCAUCAUUGGCGGCACCACGCUGAGCGAUCAGCCGCAGCCCCCAGCAGUGCCUGGCAACCAAUUCAGUCUGCUCAACUCAUUCUGGUACUCGCUGGCCGCUUUUAUGCAGCAGGGCUGCGAUAUGACUCCGCCCUCGAUAGCAGGACGCAUUGCAGCGGCCGUUUGGUGGUUCUUCACCAUCAUACUGAUCUCGUCUUACACGGCUAAUUUGGCCGCGUUUCUGACAGUGGAGCGCAUGGUGGCGCCCAUCAGCGCCGAGGAUCUAGCCAUGCAAACUAGCAUAGAGUACGGCACUCUGCUCCAGGGCUCUACCGCCGAGUUCUUUCGCCGCUCCAAGAUCGGUCUGCACAACAAGAUGUGGGAGUACAUGAGCACCAAUCCGCACUUCUCCGUACAUACCUAUGACGAGGGCAUACGCCGAGUCCGCACCUCGAAAGGCAAGUACGCUCUGCUUAUGGAAUCGCCCAAGAACGAGUAUGUGAAUGCGCGCGCGCCUUGCGAUACGAUGAAGGUGGGCCGCAAUAUCGAUACCAAGGGCUUUGGUGUGGCCACGCCCAUAGGCUCGCCGCUUAGGAAUCGCCUCAAUCUGGAGGUGCUCUCGAUGAUAGAGAGCGGCGAAUUGCUUCAGCUAAAGAAGAAGUGGUGGUACGACAAGGCCGAGUGCAAUGUCAAUCAGGAGCACCAGGAGACACGCACGCCCAACGAACUCUCACUGAGCAAUGUCGCUGGCAUUUACUAUAUACUCAUUGCUGGUCUGAUUAUGUCCGUGAUCGUGGCCAUAUUGGAGUUCAUUUGCCGCAGCAAGAGCCAAAGCCUAAAGCCCACCAGCAAUGGCGCUGCCGGCGGCAUUAGUGGCGGCAUGCUGGCCUCAUCUACAUAUCAGCGGGACUCGCUUUCGGAUGCCAUUAUGCACUCGCAGGCCAAGCUGGCCAUGCAGGCCAGCAGCGACUACGACGAGCGCUUGGUGGGCGUCGAGCUGGCCUCGAAUGUGCGCUAUCAGUACAGCAUGUAAGCAAAGCCUGCAGCUGUCUGCGACCCCUGUAUAUAAUUAGUAUAUGCACUAAGCGCAAACUUAACUAAACGACGCUGGCAAUCAACUAGAGGCAAACUGGGCGGCGUUCAAAAACUAAAAGAAAUAUAAAUUCAAACUGUACAGCAUAAUUUUUAAUUAUUUUUGAUAUAUGUAUACAGAAUCGUGUAUGGAGGGAGAGAGAGAGAGAGAAAGAGAGGGCGACGUGGAGUGGCAUGGUGGAGUGCAUAAUAAACUAGCUGUAAUUAGCGCCUAAGUGAAAAUUAUUCCGAAUAAUAAAGCAUAAAUUUU